CCGGUCGCCAUGGCGACGUAGAGGCCCUGCCCGCCAGGCCUAGCAGGCGGGCCUGCUGCCGCCGCCGCUGCCCCGCCUCAAGCCGGCGGGAAGGCGGGGUCAGCUCGCCCGAGGGCCCCGAAAAAGAGCGGAUGCGGCGGCAGGCGCUUCCUUUCCUCCACGUUCGGCCCUCCGACCGGCCAUGGCUCCCGCCGGCGACCGCGCCGGCUACUGGGGCCCGCCGACGUCCACCCUCGACUGGUGCGAGGAGAACUACGUCGUGUCCUACUACAUCGCCGAGUUUUGGAACACCGUUAGCAACCUGAUUUUCAUUCUCCCUCCCAUCUAUGGUGCAAUCCAGAGCUACAAAGAUGGCCUUGAGAAACGCUACAUAAUGGCUUACUUGUGUGUCACAGGUAGAGACCUGCCUGGUUGCCACAUAGAAACUGUUGUGGCUGUGUUGAGGCGUCAUGCAGAUUUGACAGCCCAUCAAAUGUCUCCUGAACGGGAGGCAUCCGAGGCAUUGAAACCAGACAGGCCUAAGGUAUACCUAAACUGGAAACAGCCUGUGUUCCAUCAGGUUAUGUAUGGGACAUUGGUGGCUGUCCUAGUCUUACGCUCCGUGUAUAUAGUAUUAUGGGUUUACCCUUGGCUCCGAGGGUUGGGUUAUACAUCCCUGACUGUUUUUCUGCUGGGCUUCCUCCUUUGGAACGUAGACAAUAUUUUCUGCGAGAAAUUGCGGGGCUUACGUGAGAGGCUGCCUCCGCUCGUGGGUGUUUUCACGCAGUUUCACGCUUGGUGGCACAUCUUCACGGGACUCGGGUCCUACCUUCAUAUCCUGUUCAGUUUAUAUUCCCGGACACUUUACCUGAAAUACAGGCCAAAGGUCAAGUUUCUCUUCGGGAUUUGGCCUGUUCUCUUAGUAGAAUCAACGAAGAAGCCAUAAGAAGCGACCAGUCGAAGAAGAAACAGACAGCAGCCUUCGAAUGACCUCUGCCUGCCUCAUGGGGAGCUCUUGGCACUACAAAAAAAAAGAAUUUUUCCCCCUUUUCUUUUACCAUUCCGGAACGACGGCGAAUCCCAACGGAUCAAGCGCACUCCCGCCUACCAACCUCUCGAUGGGAGGUUUUCCUCGUAUUUGCAUUGUUAAAGCUGUGCCACAAUAUUUGGGUUUCUUCUGAAGGCCUGGUUUGAGGGACAGGCAAUGCCGGGGCUCAAGCAAUGGCUGUGCUUUUUUUCCCUUCCCCUGAGUCAUUCCUGAAUUUUUCAUUUGACUGAUCAAGAUAUCCGCUCGGUGGUUGGAACCAAAUGGCUUCUAUCCGGAUCGUGAAACAGGUGGGAAUCCCCGAAGAGGACCCACUGCUCCAUUUAAUGUCCUACGGCAAGAGUCUCCCAACCGUUCUUUUAUGUCUCCCAACAAGACUUUUAAAACUUGUGGACUUCAACUCCCAGAAGACCUCCUUCAUUCCUGAAGAAUCCUGGGAGCUGACCUCCAUAAGUCCUAAGGUUGCCAAGAGCAGGGGUCUCCAACCUUGGUCCCUUUAAGACUUGUGGACCUCAACUCCCAGAAGACCUCCUUCAUUCCUGAAGAAUCCUGGGAGUUGACCUCCACAAGUCCUAAGGUUGCCAAGAGCAGGGGUCUCCAACCUUGGUCCCUUUAAGACUUGUGGACUUCAACUCCCAGAAGACCUCCUUCAUUCCUGAAGAAUCCUGGGAGCUGACCUCCACAAGUCCUAAGGUUGCCAAGAGCAGGGGUCUCCAACCUUGGUCCCUUAAGACUUGUGGACCUCAACUCCCAGAAGACCUCCUUCAUUCCUGAAGAAUCCUGGGAGCUGACCUCCACAAGUCCUAAGGUUGCCAAGAGCAGGGGUCUCCCAACCUUGGUCCCUUUAAGACUUGUGGACUUCAACUCCCAGAAGACCUCCUUCAUUCCUGAAGAAUCCUGGGAGCUGACCUCCACAAGUCCUAAGGUUGCCAAGAGCAGGGGUCUCCAACCUUGGUCCCUUUAAGACUUGUGGACUUCAACUUUGCUUUGCUGGCUGAGGGACUCUGGGACUUGAAGUCCACAAGUCUUAAAGGGACCAAGGUUGGAGACCCCUGGCCAAGAGGACCACCCUUGCUCUAAGGGACUCAGUAUUUGUUUCCUCACUAGUGUUACCUUCUAAUAAGUAGGGGGAACUUUGGGGCCUUUGGUUUUCUCUGAGCUUGGUUGUUUCCUUGCAGACGUUUCAUGACCCAACUAGGUAACCUCAUCAGUGCUAGAAGAGAGUGGGGUUUCUGGAGAGGAGGAGGGAGGACUGUCGGCUCCUUGUUGCUCUCUGAGCUGGGUGGCUUUCUUGCAGAUGUUUCAUGUCCCAACUAGGAUACAUCAUCAGUGCUAGAAGGAGAUGGGGUUUGUAGAAAGAUGGAGGAGGAGGAGGAGUGGUGUACGGUCCUUGCUGCUCUCUGAGCUGGGUUGUCUUCUUGCAGAUGUUUCAUGACCCAACUAGAUAACUUCAUCAGUGCAGGGGGGAGUAAGGGGAACUACAUAUAUCCCAUUAGUUUUUCAACUUCUUUCGUGAAUCCUUCCCGGUCAAUGAUGCCUUCUAAAUCCAUGGCAAGCUGUUAACCCACACUUCCACGGAGCAUCAGGAGGGAGAAAAUGGCCUUUAACGAAGCCCCGUGGAUUAAUGCCGUCUCUUCAAGUGAGGCUCUACUGGUGCUCUGGGCAUCCCCAAAAGCCCCCCCACCCCCACUCCCGACUGGGAAUUCCAGAAAUUGGUGUCCCCAACAGGUUGUGAAAGACCAGCUGGCCGGUGCUCAUGGGCGCGCCAGGAGCCGGAAAAAUCAUCUUUCCCCGCAUGCGCACCAGGCAGCUGCUCUUCCUGUUUCCGGUGCUCCCGCACACAUGAAGACCAGCUGGUCGGUGCGCUGGAACCGGGAAGAGCAACAUAGGUUCGCCAUCACGGGCCUAUAUCAUUCCAGGCAGUUGUCCAAGAGUGAUGGAUCAGCCACUGUUGUGUCUGCGCUCCCCCGCCCAAUCCGGGCCCCCUGCCAGAAAGUGACUUGGAAAGUGAGGGGGAAGGGCCGUCAGGAUUUACCUCGGGAGCACCGGCUUCCCUGGCUCAGCUCCAGGAGCCAGAAACAGGCCAGGUGGAGGAGAUAACGAGGCCUCCCUCCCCUGACUCUUUCCCCCCCCCCGGCCACGCCUUCAGACCCAGUUGAUGGCAAUCAGGCCUGGCUGGACCCUAGGUUUCGUAGGCAGGAGAGGCGGGAACAACAGAAGCAGGGGUGGGGCCAGGCCUAGGAAGUGCUGAGUCACGGAGCCACACCCCACAGGAUAUAAAAGCAGCAAGGGCUGCUAUACCACUUUGUGGCAAGCCAAUCAACUGCUUAGAGGGAGAAUUAGAGCUGAAGUCCUGUUUGUUCCUGGUUUCCUGGCUGACUCAUCGGCAUCAAGAGAGAUAACAGAGACACUCGGCAGACUCUCGCUAGUUUGCUGCCAGAGCUGAUAGUUGCCGGCUAAUUAAGUUACCGCUCGUGUCUCCCGGACUGCGGAGGGGGACAGAUCAGCCACAACUUUUAAACGCCCGGCUUUUUUUUCCCCCCAAGAGACACACUCCAAAUUCCUCCCACCUAGACCCGCUUGAAGGGAGACGGUUCUUGGGAGAAGCAGGGUGUCAUUGAAGGAUCUACAAGUUCCUUUGCAAGUCUUUUAAUCUCUACCACUCCAGUUGUCCUAAAUUCUGGCUUUUCUUCCUGGGAAUUUUCCUAGCCGUGCUCUGGAUGUUCUGCUUACUCAUCCAAUCUUACCUUCUUCUUUUUUUUUUUUUUGCUAGAAUUUUGCCAGGUCUGUCCUCCAGGAACAAUUAGACAAUUUUUACAAGCUGCCUAAUUCUUCGGCUUUCUUGGCCAAAGAGCCAUCAAUCUUCUAGAACAGGGAUCUCCAACCUUGGCAACUUUAAGCCUGGCGGACAUCAACUCCCAGAAUUCCCCAGCCAGCAAAGCUGGCUGGGGGAUUCUGGGAGUUGAUGUCCGCCAGGCUUAAAGUUGCCAAGGUUGGAGAUCCCUGUUCUAGAGCUGCUCAAUUUUAUUUUUAUUUUUUUUAAGCUCUGGUUGUACCAUAUUCAGCGGACGGCUUCUUAGCAGGUCUUUCGUUCGGAAUUGUGCAAUGUUUCAUCUAGCCCAGUGGUUCUCAACCUUUAUAGUGCUGUGACCCCUUUAAUACAAUUCCCCACGAUGUGGCGACCCCAACCGUAAAAUUAUUUUCGUUUUGAAUUGAUCGCGCCCGAAGCCGUAUUGGUUAGCGAUCUGAACUGCUUGCGAUUGCCUUGAGGACGGAGGCAUUAGAGCGGAGACUCCUCCCCUAUUAAGUUUAUGGCGCCUGAAGCCAGAUUAGGCUAGCGAUUGGGAGUGAUUGCAGCUGGCUUGAGAGGGAGACAUCAGAGCAAAGAUUUCUCUCUUUUUUAAUUCAUCGCGCCUGAAGCCGAAUUCGGCUAGCGAUUUGAAGAGCCUGCAGCUGGCUUGUGGAGUCAACCGUUGGAGCGCGAUUCUUCGACUCGCAAGUAUACUUCCCAUAUUUCCGAUGGUCUUCGGCGACCCCUGGCAAAUCGUCAUUCGACCCCCAACGGGGUCCUGACCCACAGGUUGAGAACCGCUGAUCUAGCAUCAAAACAGUUUCCUCCUGAAAUCCAGGAGGAUUUCUUAACCUUAACGUGGUGGGAAGAAUAUAAAUUGAAUGUAUGCUGAAACAGCACAAAGUAUAUCUAGUGUUAAUGACAUGCCUUAAUGCACGGGUGUUCAUUUUUUUAAAGCGAAAUGCACUACUUAGCAUAAAAUUCUUCUCUUUGGCCUCACUAUAAAUUGCUAUUUCUAUUCCUUGGCUGAAAGUGUUGGAUUUUGGAGGCUUGCUAAUUUCUCCUUUUACACCCCCUCCAUUCCCUCAAAAAACCCGUUACUCUUAAGUGGAAAUACUGCAUAGCUUUUAUCAUUUCGACCCCCUAAUUUACUAUUAAAAUACCAGACAUUAAACCCUGGAAUUAAUACUAGGGAAGAAUACAGCUAGUCCUCGACUUACAACCCUUAAUUUAGAGACCAUUCUAAGACGUUACAACGGUACUGAAAAAUGACCGUUUUUCACACUUAACGACCGUUGCAGCAUCCUCAUGAUCAUGUGAUCAAAAUACAGACCAGGCUUGGCCACUGACUCGUAUUUAUGACGGUCACAGCGUCCCGGGGGUGGGUGGGUCACGCGAUCCCCUUUUUACGACCUUCUGAUGCGGAAAGUCAACGGGGAAGCCAAAGUCCCUUAACUGCCUCACUCAAAACAGCCGCAGCGAUUCGCUUAACAAACCCGGCAAGAAAAGUCACGUAAAACAGGGCAAAAAUUCACUCGGCAGCUGUCUCCCUUAGCGACCAGAAUUGUGGGCUCGAUUGGGGUUGUAAGUCAAGGACUACCCGUGCAAUGUUUAUAUGCCUUAACGGUGUUUUGUUUUUAAAAAAAUAAAAAUACAAAUGCACUACUUAGCUGGCCUUACUAAAUCGUUCUCCUAUCUGGCCUUACUAAAUUGUUAUUUGCAUUUUGGGGGCCUUUCGAAGCUUGCCAAUUUCUCCCUACAACCACUCUGCCUCCCCCCCCCAAAAAACAAUUAUUAAGACAAGAGGAAGUAUCGCUUAUCUUCUAUAAUUUGGACACCCCUCUCUAAUUCGCUCUCAACUCCCAGACGCUGGGCUGGCCUAGCUAGGAAGGGUGCAACUAGCCCUCGACUUAACGACCAUUCAAAGUUACAACACCACCGGGGGAAAAAAAGUUAGUUUUGACCGCUUUUCACACUGAACGAUCGUUUCGGCAUCCCCGUGGUCACGUGAUCAAAAUUGACAUGCUUGGCAACUGGCAUGUACUUACGACGGUUGCCGUGUCCCGGGGGGGGUGGAGUGGGGGGGGGGUCCUACGAUCCACCUUUUGGGAUUUUCUGACCAGCAAAAGUCAAUGGGGGGAGCCCGAUUCGCUUAACAACCGUGAACCAAACGUCCCCCAGAUUUGAAAUUUGCUGGGGGAAUCAAAAGAAGAUUUCUCACGAUUCCUGGGAGUUUGUUUUGCAAAAUUUAUUUAUUUUAUUUAUUUAUUUUAUUUAUUAUUUACAUUUCUAUACCGCCCUUCUCCGAAGACUCCGGGCGGUUUACAGCCAAGUUAAAAAGACAUAUACAAAAAUUAAAACACAAUAUUUGAAAUUUAAAAAUCUGAAACCAUAAGGCCGAAUAUUAAAAUAACAAGUAAUAAAACCACUCAAUUAAAAAUUACUCUUAGGCCUGCUCGGUGAAACAAAAAAGCCUUGAGCUCGCGUUUAAAGGCCCGGAGGUCGGGAAGAAGGCGGCUUCUUCCCCCCCGCCUUUUUGAGUGUGAUUCUUUUUUUUUAAUUAGCCAAAUCCCAGCCCUUCCAGGUAGGCCAAGUAAGGAAACAGACCCCCCCACACACACAAGUGAUGUGGCUACAGUGACCUGAUCUUAAAAUAUUUUCUUUCCUCCUAUAUACAAAAGAAAAUCAAGGCCCUGCAAUCUUUAGUUUCUUCCUAAUGUUCUUUCUUUAUCCUGGCCUUAAAUCGUGUUUUGCUAACCUUGAAAUUUUAUCGGUUGGGUCCCCUGCUAAGGUAUAAUGCAGUUUGUUUGAUUGGAUGAUGGGAAAGUUCAAUCAAUUGUGGCUGAUGCCAUAAACCGUGGUUAAAUUAACCACGAUUUAGCUUCUCUUCCUCCCCUGCCCUUGUUAACACGGCUCCUUACUUUCAAACCUUUUGAGAAUCUGUUCGGUACCUAGCAUUACUUCCCUGGAUUCCUAACAGUGGUUCUUUAUUAAAAUAACGUCAGCAGCAACAACCUCUGUGUAAUUAUUGAGAAUCGGGGGGGGAAAAGUAUCUUUCAGAUGCUUAAACCAAGAUGGAGCAUCUCGGUUUACAAACACCGCCGAGAUUGGAGCCGGCUCAUUAGUUGGGCUGAAUUGCUUACACUGCUCCGCGUUCCCUCCGUACUUAACUCCAAAUGUUUAGGAUUCUGCACCAAGGAGUACCAAGCUACAGUUGGAAAUCAAGAACAUUUUGACUAUUUUAUACCAUGGUUUGGUGGAAAACCCUACUCGGUUUCCUGGCUGGCCACCAGACCAUAAAAACCCCCAAGGACAGACCUGAAUUCAGUAUUUCUCAACCUCAGCAACUUGAAGCUGGGUGGACUUCAACUCCCAGAAUUCCCAUUUUUGUCCAGGGAUGCCUAGAAAUCAAGCUCUCGCCUCAGAAUCGGGAGGCUGUGAGUUCAAUCCUAGGUAGAGGCAGAUAUUUCUCUCUCUGGGCCACAGUGAGAAUAUUAUCUGCUGAACAAAACUCCUCAUCGGUGACAGGAAGGCAUCCAGCCAGUAAAACACUCGGCUAGCUCCAUUCAGUUGUCUAGACUCCACCCUGCAAGGGAUUAUCGGGUUGUUAAAAGGAAAUGAUGAUGAUGUGUGCAAGAUGAAAUAGAAGGAUGUUCCCAGGUGCUCCACUUGGCUCUUCCAGAUGUUCUCCAAGGCCCCAACCAGAUGUUCAGAGAAACACUUCACCUAUGCAGCCUUGAUCCUUGGCUCCUGCAGACACCCCCCCCCUCCCCAAGCCGGUUAAAUAUACCCUUGGCUGUUUCUGUUGAAUUCGAAUUUCAUUUCUAACUUCUAAAUUGUAACCUUUCUCGAAGGAUGCUUAACAACCUUCUAACUAGGAUUGUUUGCGGGGGAGGGACGACAAACCUUAAUGCACUGAUUCUGAAAUGGUUUACUUUGAAACGCGAGUCUUGAGUUCAGCCUGCCAAAAGGAAUAAGUGAUAUCUUUUUAUAUUAUUGUUAUUAUUAUUAUUAUUAUGGAAAGCAACCAAACCAUUAUGGUUUUUAUUUAAUCUAGAUCUGGGUUGGGUUUUUUUGUUUUUCUUCCUAUUUUACAGGUAAAUUUACCGUGGCUGAAUUAUGGAAACAGCAGCUAACUGUAUAUAAAGACCAAUGUAAUAAAUAACGUCGGAAGCAUUUUGAUAUAUAUUGAAAUACGUCUAAUGGGGUUUCUUUGUCUUGCCCGUAUCUCUAAAUAACAGAUACAUAAAGACAAUCUAUAAUGGCUUAUUGAGAAUAAUGUAUUUAAUCCAUUUAUUCCUAAAGCACUAAUUAUGAAUUUAUAGCUAAUCAAUACCAUUAAAGGACUUUUGUUUUGUAAUUAAAAUUU